AACAGCUACCUCCCUCCGGAAGACAGAAAUGCGGCGUGAUUUCUCCGAUGUUAGACUUCAUGUCGGACAUAAACCAGGACCACGGCGCGAACAGGACAUGCUGAGGCAAUGAAGGUAACUUGUUCGUGGAGAUUAGUGAAGUUCUUCGCCGUUCUCGCUGUGCUCGUCCUGUCUGCUCAGAUCUUAGUGAACAGAGAAACACUAAGUAAACAUCCGCCAAAGCCUAGACCCCUCAGCGCGCAGGAGUACAGGGUACUAUCUCCAGAAACUUACCGCUAUAUUCUCAACCAGCCUUCUGCAUGCACCCACAGACAGCCUUUCCUGGUUUUUAUGGUCGCAGUUGCACCUCUGGAGGUUGCAGCAAGAGAAGCCGUCAGAGAAACAUGGGGCGCUCCAGGGCAGGAUCACCUCACUCUGUUUUAUGUGGGGCUACCAGAGGGGGGUCAGAGGUCCAGCAUUCAGAAGGAGCUGGAGGAGGAGAGCAAGAAACAUGAAGAUAUCAUCCAGAUGGACUUUCAGGACAGUUAUCAGAACCUGACCAUCAAGACUAUGAUGAUGAUGAAGUGGCUUGCUACCCACUGCCCAAAUGCCUCAUAUGCCAUGAAAGUGGACUCCGACAUCUUUGUGAAUGUGUUCUACCUCAUCAGACACCUGGUUGGCGCUCCCAGGCAGGACUUCAUCACCGGGUCAGUGAUAUGGGACGGUAAGCCGAGGCGGGACAGAAACAGCAAAUGGCAUUUGUCAGAGGAGCUGUACCCUGAGGACAGCUUCCCCCCUUAUGUGUCUGGAGCUGGGUACGUGUUCUCAGCAGACCUGGCUGCCAGGAUCUCCUGGGCGUCCGGGUUCGUCCAGAUGAUUCCCCUGGAAGAUGUCUAUGUGGGUUUGUGUCUGCGCAUUCUGGGUGUGAGGCCGGUGUACGCCCGCAGUCUGUUCAGCUUCAGGAACCUGUUUGAAAUCAGAAAUUUGGAGUAUGACAGAUGCACUUUUGCUAAACUGAUCAUUGCUAAUGGGUUUAAGCCAUCACAACUGCUGCAUGUUUGGCAAGACUUCUCCGAAGGCCAUUCUAGCUGCUGAGAGAGAAAGCCGUCAGACAUAGCCUUCUGUAAAGUCAAUGUAAACAGCCAAUAAUGUGGGGGUUGUAAGAGUACAGGUUAAAACAUGUUGGGGUUAGAUGUAAAAACACUCAAUUUAACAGAUUUAAGUUUAAGGAGUAUGACAGAAGUCUUAAAAAUAUGUUUGUAGAAGAAUUUGCCUAAAAGAUCCUUUUUCUCUAAGGUCAUUUGGACCUGUCUCAGAUGGAAAGAUGAAUAACUAACAGUGUUAUUAUGGAUUAAAUCAUAAAAUAAAUGAGGGCAGAAUUCCAUUUAACUGCUUAGCUGUCAGGGUGCUAUAUUAUUCAUGCCUUACUAUUAAGAUUGUGACUUUUUUGAGUAAUUAUAAUGGAAUAUUUCUGCUGUUAAAAAGGAAAGCCCAACAGUAUAAUCUUCGACAUAAUUUGGAUUUAGUUCUCUCUUGUUUUAUGUUGACCUACCCAGGGCUCUAAAACACAAGUUGAUCUUCAUGUCAUGGAUCUAGAAUAUAUGAAAGUAAAACUUCAAAAAUUUUAAUUGCAAAAAUAAACUUUAGACCAGGGGUUUUCGAAGUGUCGGAGAGUGAGCCUCCCCCAAGAAGAAAUUAUUCAUUUGGUGGACCCCCACCCACAUAAAGAUGAAGAUUGAAAAAAAUA